CAACAGUUUGACAGUACAAACCAAGCAUAGAAACAGGAUUUCAAGAUAAAACAACUUCUUUCAAAUUUUUCUCUUUAAAAAUGUAAAAUCAAGAUCAACCUUUUCAAGUAACUAAUAAAUUAAUUAUUAAAAAAUUGCCAAUUUAAAUGCGUAGCAAUGAAUUCCUUACAUGUUGUAUUUGUAUUUUUGGCACUGUGUCAAUGCGUCUUCUCACAAAAUUCCCCCAAAGUCAUUUACUUGGAAGCCGGCGAUGUUGUUAAUUAUGAACCCGAAUUAACAAGAAGGGGAUAUUUUCAAAGUGACUUGAGAAUAUAUUGCCAUCGUGGUAGUGCUAAAACCAUCGGACGAGCUUUUGAAACAAUUCAACUUCAAUUAGAUAUCGAGCACGAUGACUUUACACAGUAUGAAGGCGAGACUCCGGAGGUCGUCAAGACCCGCUACGAAGAACAAAAGUCUAUAUUCUCUAUCAAUUUGUUUUCCCAGAAGAAAACACGUAGCAAAAUAAAUCCAUUUGCUCAAGAAUGCAUUGGUAUCGACACCAUCCAACCAUACCGGGUACGGUUGCAUUUGAUUCGAUUAGACUUUUGGAAAGUCAUGCAGGUACUUUUGGGCAUUUUUAUAUUCAGCUUUGCAGCCAAAUUGAGUGAAAACUCGGUAUUUUAUUACAUCACGGGGGUAUUGAUUGGUAUCUGCACAUCCUUUAUGUUGCUCAUUUAUUUGGCGGGAAAACUAUUCCCUAAGAGACCAAUGAUGUAUGGAGUCUUAAUUGGUGGUUGGACAAUUGGGAUCUAUAUAAUUCAAAGGUUGUGGGAGAAUAUUCAAUUGAUUUUGGUCACAUACCAAUCAUAUGUAUUUUGGUACAUCCUUAUUACGGGAGCUAUUAGUUUUGUAUUUUGCUAUCGCCUUGGUCCACCGAAAAAUAAACGUAGCAAGGAUCUUAUCAAAUGGGGCCUGCAACUUAUGGCUCUUAUUCUAAUAUAUUUCUCUAGUCAAUUUGAAGAAGCUUCAGCUGCUUUUACAAUCAUAACUUUUGUUACACACUAUUUUCCAAGAAGUUGGUUGCGUAGAGUUCGACUAGCUUACUUGCAUCGAUUUCCGCCAAAAGUGCGCCUCCUAACCAACGAAGAAUACUACGAACAAGGUGUCAAAGAGACAACAAAGGCACUUGAAGAUUUGCGUAACUAUUGUAGUAGUCCCGAAUGCAAACAAUGGCGUAUAAUGAAAAAGCUAAAAGAUCCAUUAAGAUUCGCUGAAUUUGUUGAAGGUGAAUCACACAUUCGCGAUGAAGAGAUUCUUAAAUACGAAUCUUCUCGGCAGGAUUUGUCGGACUCUGAAUUGAGCGAAGAAGAGGAAGAAGCACCAGUUUAUCGACAGGCCAUAAGCAGAUCUGGUGAAGACGAAGUGGACCUUGGAUAUCGUUCAACAUCAGUACGAAGCCCUUCGAUUUCAUCGCCAAGAAAUGCGGUUAAUGGUCGGUGGUCUUAUACUCAUUCAACCCACACCACAAACAACUAUAAAUCGCCACCAAUUGCCACUAGAACAGUUCGGGACGAUUUAAGUGAAGAAGACUAAUAAUUAUAAAUAGAUGACUUAUUAUAUUUUCAAUUUGUGUGUA